AUGAAUCCUCCCUCUACAAAGGUCCCCUGGGCCGCCGUGACGCUGCUGCUGCUGCUGUUGCUGCCGCCCGCGCUGCUGUCGCCCGGGGCGGCCGCGCAGCCCCUGCCCGACUGCUGCCGCCAGAAGACGUGCUCCUGCCGCCUCUACGAGCUGCUGCACGGCGCGGGCAACCACGCGGCCGGUAUCCUCACGCUGGGCAAGCGGCGGCCGGGGCCCCCCGGCCUCCAGGGCCGGCUGCAGCGCCUCCUGCAGGCCAGCGGCAAUCAUGCGGCCGGCAUCCUGACCAUGGGCCGCCGCGCAGGCGCAGAGCCAGAGCCGCGCCCGUGCGCCGGGCGCCGCUGUUCCACGGCCGCCGCUGCCCCGUCUGCAGCGCCUGGAGGGCGGUCCGGGGUCUGA